UUGAAACAGUUCCUAGAAUUGCGGUUUUCGUUUACAGCAAACGACCUUGUCAAAGAGUUGUUUACUGUGGGUUAAGCGUCAGUGGGCUCUGAGAAUGAUUGCAAUUCUAAACAGCAAUUAUCUGACUAGCCUGCAAACAGCUCAGUAUGAAGAGGCUGAACCCGGACAUUGUAUUUAAUUAUUAAAGAAGUUAGUAUGUGAGGCAGACAGUUCGUAAAUCGUUACAAAUCUCUUUCUUCGCUUUAUUUUCCACAAUCCACAACGUAGGUCUCCUCCACAGAGCUGAUAGCGAGUAAACCCAUGGGGGGCAGGGAGGGCCAUGGCCUCCGAACUCCAUGAGACCAUAUGGAUGGCGAAGCAGGAGAGGCACAAGAACCUGUUUCUGAACUACAGGAACCUCAGCCACUUCCCUCUGGAGCUGCUGAAGGGGGAGGGCCUGCAGUAUCUGGAGAGGCUGUAUAUGAAGAGAAACUCCCUAACCAGCCUGCCAGAAAAUCUAGCCCAGAAGCUACCUAACUUGAUUGAAUUGUACCUUCACUCGAACAACUUUGUCAUUGUGCCAGAAGCUAUAGGCUGUCUAGCUAAGCUGCAAUCCCUGGACCUGAGCGACAAUGCCUUGCAGGUAGUCUGCCCUGAGAUUGGCCGGUUGAGCUGCCUGCGACACCUGAGGCUGGCCAAUAAUCAGCUGAAGUUCCUCCCUGCAGAGAUCGGGGAUCUGAAGCACCUGGAGACCUUGGACAUCUCCACUAACCGGCUGAGCACCCUGCCUGAGAGACUCCACCAGUGCCUUUCCCUGCAGUGCCUGACGCUCGACCGCAACCACCUGCGCUGCUUCCCCAGGCAGCUCUGCCAGCUGCCCAGCCUCACCGAGCUCUCCAUGGCAGGGAACAGCCUGGCUUUCCUACCCCUAGAUCUAGGACGCUCCCGGGAGCUGCAGUAUGUUUUUGUGGACAAUAACAUUCACCUGAAGGGCCUGCCGUCCUACCUGUACAACAAGGUCAUCGGCUGCAGUGGGUGCGGCUUGUCCUCGCACACCUCAGAUCUGAAGCUGCUUUCCAUAGCCUCAGAAGAGCUGAGUAUUCCCCUCCCGGCCGAGGUGAAGGCUGUCAACUCAGAGACGGAGAGGGUGGAGCCUCUGGAGGAGCUGACAAUGAGGAUCCUCCACAACAUGUACAGCGACCUCGCCAAAUUUCCAGACUUGAAGUACCUGCCCCCGAUCUCAUUACCCAAGAGCUUGUUGGAGCUGCUGCAGUGCCCUCUGGGACACUGCCAUCGCUGCAGCCAGCCCAUGUUUACCAUUGUCUACCCCAAACUCUUCCCCCUAAGAGAGACACCACUGGUGGGCGUGCACCGCAGGACGACAGUGAGCUUUGUUGCAUAUUGCUGCUCCAGCAAGUGUGUACGCAAGUUCAACCUUCAGAGCUGAUUUAAAUAAGCAACUUAUUGGAAGGACCUUGAUAUAGAAAAAAAAAAUAAGAUAAUCAAACAAAUCUUAACGGACGUGAAUGCCCUUCACUGCCAUUGACUUCAGAACGGAAGGAGGAAGACAAGAGAGUCGUGCCUCCCCCACCCCCCACCCCACCCCCGGCAUCUCAGAUCUCAUUUCCAAGGUGCCCUGGUGGGACGGCAGAAGAUCCUUGCAGGUUUUUUUUUUUCUUGGAAAACGAUUAGUUAAGUGAAACCUGAAGUCUCCAACUAUCAGACAUACGGGGCGUCCCAUGGAACUGGGGUAAGCUGCAGAGGUGUGGGGGAGUCCAGCUGAAGAGAGCUACGGUCAUAACUCUGAAAGAUCUUGUUUGGGGUGGUUUGUGUAACCAAUAUCUGAUUUUAUCCAAAUGCAUUUAUCAUCCGUUGUAUGGUGAUUUUUAUUUUUUUUCCCAUUAUAAUAAUAAUUUGUAAAUGUUUGCAGACCCAUAUCAAGAACACGUCCUAUCAGAAGCUCUUAUUAUGGUAAAUGGACACUCAUGGACUGAGAGUUACUUGAAAGGUUGAUCAUUUUACACAAGCUUUACUGUUUUUUUCCAGUGAUUACCAGUUUAAUGUUUGUUCUUCAUUUGUGAUUAGUACAAUCUGAUUAAUUUGUGAUUUUCAGGAAAAGACCAUUGCUUCCAGCUGAUCUAAAUCUUAAGUCACUGAAACAGUGGAAUGAUUAAGCUGCAGUUCGAGAAACAUUGCAAAAACCACAAUUAAAAGUCUUGUAGAUUUAAUUUGUUACAGUUUUUAAACCUAGGUCUUUGCUUUAUAAAAAUUCAGGACACAAUCUGUGAAUGUUCUAUACACCAUGACGUUGCAGAAACUGGGCAAUAAUAUCUCAGUCCUUCAGGGCAUUAAAACAUGUCAAUCGA